GGGGGGGGAGUUGGCGUGGUUUGCCUUGUAACGCUCUUCAGUCAUCAUCGCGUGAACGUGCUCGCGGUAACGUUUUGAAAGUAAAUACGCUACCAGUUUAGUAAGCGCUUACGCGUCGCUUUGAGCUGAUGUUAAAACGAUAGUCUUGUUCCGUUGAGUGAUUACAGUUAGACUCCGCCUACCCCCCCCCCUUGUGGGUCGUGGCGCAAGAAUGAACGACGCCGCGCAUCGCGAUUGGACGAGUUGAAGACCAACGGCGUUGGGGGGGGGGAACAAUUUGAAUAGGCGAGAGGAGAUGGUGCUCGCUCGUCUACACAGGGAACAUCGUUACGGGUGCACGUGUGUGUAUAUAAAGGACACUAAUCUAGAUACACUGCGGUAGAUUGGGACGCGAUUCUAGAUUUGGGGUUGAGGUAAGUUGUAGAGUCACGGCGCAAGUUGAGGGGGCAUAGUCGCUUGACGAGGGUCACAGUGCGGUUAUUAGGGACGGUUAUAUAGGAACGCCCGUGCGGUUAAUGAGAGCGAUACAUCUGGGGAAUAGAACCACAAAGUUUGAAGAAUCGCGACAUGCCGGUCUCCAGGUCACAGAGGAAGAGACUGAAUUGCAGCGCGGAGCCUCCGGGGUUGGUGAUGGAAGUGAAGCCCAAGAUGGGGAGAAGGUCUGUCGCUGCUGCCGCAGCAGCUCCCAGGCAUGGCAACGAGUCAAGCGGCAACGUCAACUCUUGCCUGCCCAAUAGAGUGCUGAAGGUUCAAAACAUCAACACGGACCUCAAGCAGAGGGAGACGGACAAGGAGACGCGCCUGUUGGUGAAGCAGUGCGCCGAGACAGAGCGCCGUCUGCGUGCCGUGGAAGCGGAGUUGCGCAAAGCGGAGGAGAAGCUGCAAACUGGCGCGCGUGAGCGCAAUGCCCUGACGACGCGGGCGACCACCGCGGAGAAGCGAUCUACCGAGCUCCAGAGCAUCAACGACAUGCUGCGGGCUAAGUUCUCGGGAGAUGAGCUGAAAAGCGAACUUUGCAAACUCCGCUUGGAAAUGGCGGAGCUGAAACCAAAGCUGGAGAGUGUACAGCAGGAGAAAGAGCAGAUGAAAUGUGAGUUUGAGGAGCAAGUGAGGACCUUGCAACUGAAUCUACAGACAUCCCAGACAGUCUUCGAAUACCUGAAAGAGGACCCAAAUGACAACUCAAAAUCGGAUUUGACGGAUCGGCCGUUGGGGGGCGGCGAUCCCAGCAGCCACGCGCAGCCGCCCCAAAUCCCCGCAGCGCAGAGCGGCGCAAACGCGCGGCGCGACGGAGAAAUCUCCACCCUCCGGGUUCAGGUCCAGCGCCUCGAGAAGAAGCUCCCGUCUCUCUCCAAACGUGGGCCGGGGCGCGGCGCUGUCGCUCGUGAAGUUCCCAUGGAGUGCGACGAGCCCGGGGCGCGUGCUGGCGAGGAUGCGGCGGCGACGACGGAGGAGGAGGAGGAGAUGGCAAUGCUGCCGCUGGAGGGGCCCGCGCUGGAGCAGCAGCUGUCGGGCCUGCUAGAGGAACGGGUGACCAUCGAGCAGGGCCUGCGAGCGGUGCUCGCCGACGUUGAGCACCUGCAGCGGGGAGAUGCGCGGCUGGAGGAGCUCGUGGAACGCAUGGACAGGGACGUGCGGGAGAAGGACGAUGAGAUUGAGAAGCUGAAGGAAGAGCUGAACAGCAUGAGGGAGUCCGCAGAGGAGCAGAGGCAGUGCCUGCAGGAGCGAGUGGAGGCGCUGGAGCGGGAGGUGGCCCAAGGGCAGAAGAGAGCGCCCCCAAAGACUCCACGCCGGCGCGUGACGCUGCUCGCAGCCGAAGCCGGAAGCGAGCUCGCCAGAAACGUGGAGAGCAUGGAGAGCAAGCUGACGCAAAUGGUGGCCGAGAUGAGCGCCAUUCACCAGGCGUACAGGGAGCAAGUCGGGGAACCGCCGCUGCCCGCGGCUGCCGUCACGAGGGCCCAGUCGGCCAAGCCGCAGGGCUCCUCGAGCGCUGCCAAAGACGAGCUCCUGCAAAAAAUUCCGCUACUGCGGAGCGCAGAGGCUGAGAACAAGGUGUCGUCGGAGGCCAUGCAGGAAGAAAUUCUAAAGUGGAAAAAGAUGUACGACAAGAGCGGAUCCAGGGUCUUCAAGGUCGCCUCUCCACUGCUUGGACGCCUGUCCAGGCUGCGUCUGACAGAUCGGCGCCACCGCAGCUUCUACCCGACCUUCGUCGACGAGAGCUCGAACGCUGCCGGCAAACGCUCCGCAGCUACUCCCGCCAUGUAUGGCUUCACUGGGGCUAACCAACUCAACAAGCAGAACAUGUUUCUGUAAACAAGAAUUAAACAGCCAGCUCGGUGCUCUGACGUCUGAGACACGUGGCCACCUUCUUUAUUAACUCAUUUGUACAAGUCUGUCUUGUAUAAACGUCGGAAUAGCAAGUUGUUGUUGGAAUGCACAUGUCGCGCACUGUUCCGUGGGGUUUUUUUUACUUGCAUUAAAUAACAAUAUUUUUCUGUAACUUCAAUUGUGUGCUUGUGGGAUUUUUUCCCCCAUCUUUAAUCUGUAUAUCAACGCUGCGGGGCCGGGUUGAGUGGUUGGCAUGAAAGUACUUUCCUCGAAGGGUUUUUAAUAAUUGAAUGCAUGCGCUUUUUGCGGUUAGCUGUUCAGUAUCCAUUUGGAUUGUCGUUUGCUCAAUAUGCACCCACAAUAUGUUGCAAGUGCACGUCAGAUUCUACAAUGAAUUUUCUGUAAGGACUGCAUGAUUGAUAAAUGAUACUGUAAUAUGUCCGAAUCUACUGCUGGAUGAAAGCCUCCCCGUGCUGUGUUUAUCACAUGGGUUGAUUGAACAAACGUCACUGAUCAGUCCAGUAGUGCGGAUUGGUGCAGUGAGGGAGGGGGGCCGAGGACCUGUUUAGCUAUUAUUUGUCACUGAUGGUAGCCGUGAUUUUGUACUCUGAUCGCUGGUUUCACAGUGCAAUGCGUUUUAACCAUGGCGCUAACACCUCACAAUUUUCUAAAUGAUAAGGAUAAAAUAUAAUGAAAUGUGUCUUAUGCUAAAUGGUAAUGUACAUAUAUCGUUUUGUUAAACUGGUGUUGGGUUUCAUGACGUCUGAAUAUGAAGCUGGUGUUGCUGCAUCGCGUGACAAUCGGUGGAAUUUUAACUCGCCGUAAAGCAAUCUGAACGUUGAACAAAUAUUUACACGUGACGUUUUUUACGUACUUUGCAUCGCCGCAGACACUUAAUGUAAUGGAAAAGUGUGCAUGGCUUGGCUUGUGUCAAUGAUUUAAUUCCUUGUGUGUACGCACGGUGGGGUCACGAAGACCACGACGUCUCGCGUGACCCCUGUGGCUGCCGAAUAUUUUGCCAUGGGGCGUUUAGUCCACGAACAACGCAUUACUCUAUACUGCAUAGGCAUUCGCAGUUAUGCCGCGUGGCCGGCACUCUUGUAUUUUUCGGAUUGUAGCACACGUUUGGCAUAUAUUUCCUGAAGCUCCCAGCACGUGGAAUGAAAUAUCGGGACAGUAACAAAUAACGCGUGGUACAACUCAAAAAAACACUUAGAACGAGACUAUACUUAAAAAUAUAUAUUUAAACACCGGAGGGAUGUUAACACAACUUUCUUGCUUAUUGUGUCGAGGUGGGAUCUGGGUUUUGCACUAAGUUUUUGUUUCUUAUUACACUUCAUUGUAAUAAAUAUAAUUGGCACAUUU